UUUAUGUUACAUUUAACAUUGGAAUGGUGAACGAAUAAUCACAGCGCAACCACAAUAAAAUUGUGAACUGAUGGCGAGCAAAUAUGAGUUUAUGGAAUGUGUGUAAAUGAACUAUUUCUGUUAGGUAUUCAUUUCAAAUAGCGCAAUGAGCGGUAGUAGCCAAGGUCAAAGUGGCCUCAGUAAGUUGAAAAAGAAGCAUUUUCGCGUGAAACAUCAAAAGGUUAAAGUAUUUCGCGCUAAUGAACCCCUCCUGUCAGUGCUAAUGUGGGGCGUAAAUCACACGAUCAAUGAGUUAAGUCAUGUCACCAUUCCUGUAAUGUUGUUGCCUGAUGAUUUUCGAGCAUACUCCAAGCUGAAAGUAGAUUAUCAUCUUUUUAACAAAGAAAACAUGCCGAGCCAUUUUAAGUUCAAGGAAUAUUGCCCAUUGGUAUUCCGAAACCUUCGUGAAAGAUUUGGAAUUGAUGAUCAAGAUUACAAAGAAUCUAUGACAAGGUCGCAGCCUGAACCAGUUGAUUCCCAUGGUAAAAGUGGUGCCAAAUUUUAUCAGUCCUACGACAGACUCUUCAUUUUAAAAACACUAACAAGUGAAGAAGUUGAAAGAAUGCAUUCCUUCCUGAAACAUUAUCAUCCAUAUAUUGUGGAACGUCAUGGAAAAACAUUACUGCCACAAUACUUGGGCUUGUACAGACUAACUGUAGAUGGAGUGGAACAUUAUUUAGUGGUAAUGAGGAACGUAUUCAGCAAUCAUUUACAAACACACAGGAAGUUUGAUCUGAAAGGUUCCACAGUUGACCGCGAAGCUUCGGACAAAGAGCGAGAGAAAGAUCUCCCAACUCUCAAAGAUAAUGACUUUGUGAAAGAAGGCAUGAAGAUUUAUAUUGGGGAUGAUGCCAAGGAAAAACUUCUUGAGACUUUAAAUGCAGAUGUAGAAUUUCUCACAAAGCUGCAUUUAAUGGACUACUCGUUGUUGCUGGGAAUCCACGAUUGUGCACGCGCCGAGCAAGAAAACCGAGAGAGAGGCGAACAGGAAGACGACGAGAACAAUGGUUUCGAGGACGACGAAGACUCGGAAACAGGUUCAGGAAUCGACAUCAAGCAAACGGCAGGGGAUAGGUGGGGGGGCAACAUGGCCACACCGCCAGAUUCUCCUCACGUCGCCUUGAUGAGGGAAACAAGUAUACAGUACGAAACUGGCAUAGUGCCAGAACUGGACAUUUAUGCAGUCCCUAGCUCGGACAAUGCACCAUGGAAAGAGAUCUAUUUCCUGGCUAUUAUAGAUGUCCUAACACAUUAUGGUGUAAAAAAACAAGCAGCCAAAGCCGCCAAGACAGUCAAAUACGGUGCCAAUGUUGAUGGAAUUUCAACUUGUGACCCAGAGCAAUAUGGGAAACGUUUUAUUGAGUUUUUGAGCAAGGCAAUUGAGUAAGAGAAGCUUUGUUUAUUUGUUUGCAUGUACAAUACUGGAUGCAAAUUUAAUAAAAAAAAUAGACAUUUUACACUGUUUUUCACUCUUCAGAGAUCACCAUUUAUCUCUUUAAGCAGACACUGAGAAAAUAUGUGUGUAUUUUGAUGAAAGACUUGGUAGUGUUAACAUUAAUCAAGCACAAAACAUUUUACUUCUCAGCCUGUUUUGUCUUGUCAUAAUGUGGUAAGAACUAUAGUGAUUAGAGCUCUGUUAAUAAGUUAAGUGACUGAUAGAAAUUAAUUUUAAAUUUCUGGUGCUUACAGUUUAACACAUUGGGGAAAUACAGUAGGUACUAUCCACCUUUUUUCCUUCUUCUUGGAACUAAAAAUUGCAGAAUUAUUAUAAAGGAAAAUACAUCCAGAAUCUAAGGCAUUCAUGUUGUAAAGUCAUUAAAUUUCAUAGAUGCUUUUAUUUGUAUUGAAUAUAUAUAUAUAUAUAUAUAUAUAUAUAACCUCAUUAAUACUAAACAUUGUUCAAUGCCGGCUUAAAUUCUUAAAGCAACUUAAUUUUGAUUUUUACUCUAGUGACAUUUCACAUGUGUUGUCUGGAAAACCAUGACCAGCUAAUAAUUUUUUUCCACAUCUGCCUUGAAAAUUUUACAUACCACUUGCAAAAAGUAAUGUCAUCUUGAAAAAUAUGCAGUGUGUACUGUAGUUUGUGUGGUUUUUAGUUUACUCGAUGAGUUAAAAAAAUCAAAUUGCGUAGAUUCAUAUUACAAUUUUUUGAUACAUUUGUUUUUAAAGUUAUAAUGCAGCAGCUGAAUACAUAUUGGUAAUAUUAGUGAAAGGUUGUAAAAACAAUGGGCAAAGUACAAAAUUAGGUUAAUGUUUAUUUGUUUUAAGUUUUCAAAACUAUGCUCAAAGAUGGGAAACAUAGCAGAACCUUCUGGGGACCACUUGUCUACUAAAUCAAUGUUCAUAAAUUGUGUAUAAUUCUGGAGUUCAACUUUGAAACACUUUUUGCCGCACUACUUGAGCUUGAUAUUUUGGGAAUUUCAAGCCAUGGAGCAGGUAGUUAUUUUGAGGCCAUACCAUAACAAUAUAAUCAAUUUGAUGCCAGUAAAUAAUAAUCUUGAUGUUUAGUCAGAAUUAUGAAAUUAAAAUAAGUUAUAAGAUUCUUAAGUUUAUAAUUAUUGAGUGUAGUUAAACAGAGCUCUAAUCGUGUUGCUAUAUUAUAGAGAAUGUAUAAUACGUAUGUAAAGGUGAUAAGGGAGCAGACACAGAAAAUUUAUUAAGGUACAUAUCUCCUUUUCAUGGGUUUGGCAUAAGACUUUACUCAGUACAUUUGAUACCUACAAAUAAGGUUGGCAUUUAAAAAUAAAUUUGAUAAAUUUUUAAACCCCAGUAUAUGUGUGUAGCUUAGUUUUUGUUUAUUUUAUUGAACCUAAAACAUUUUUGUUUCAUGACUGCAAAUUUGGCAUUUUUAUAUGAGUAUAACAAUCUCAGUAUCUCUGUUGUUUUUCAAAUAACUUUAGGUGAAAACCACGUGGUUCUUAAAAGUUUGUCAGGUUUUGUUAAAUACAUAUAAAAGUAAUGUUUCUGUUGGUAUUUAGUAUCGAACCAUUUGAAUUAUGAUCUUUUUUUUAAAUACAUGUUUUGGAAAAAUUAUUCAGAGAUUAAAUUACGUCUUCAUACUACUUGACAUUUUUUUUGCUAAAUCUAGUGAAUAUGCAAUAAUUUAUACAGAAUUACAGCAGGGAUUCUAUCUUCAUUAUAAAAGCCUAUAAAAAAUUCAGUUUAGUGGAUGAUUAUUAUCUGUUUGAUUGUGAAAGCAACAUAAAUUUAAAGUUGGAUUUUUUUUGUCUGGGUGCUAAGUAGUUUAAAAGAAAUUGUACAACAAAAACUUCUAUGCUAAAAAAUUUUCCACUACUAGUAUUACUAAUACUUUUACUGCUAUGUGUACUUCUACUUUAAGGUAGGCAGUUGAGUUAAUGCAGGAGGACAUUAUUUACUCAACUGGAUUCUUUGAAAGGUCAAUGUUAGUUCUAAAAUCAAGUUAUCCUUCUGCACAAUCUCUUGUUAUGAAUCUAGCCUUAAGUUUAAGGUGCGGCUCUACUUCACAUAGUUAUGCCAAUGAGUUGAGUAGUUGGGCCUCCCAGAUUCCAGAGGUAUGAGAACCACUUGGAUACUGACUCAUUGCUCAUAAACGAAACCUGUGAGUUAUGGUAGAGACUGAGUGUGAUUCAGGAAGGCUCAUAAAAUUACUGUGCUUUUAAUUUGAUUGAAUCUUCUGAUUCUGAAAUUCGAAUUGGCCCAGCACUAUUAAUUUACUUUGUGUUUUGGGGAAAAUAGAGGAUGAGAACUCCUAGAAUUGGUGAAGCAGAUUAUAACAUUUGCAGGACAUGUUGUGAAGAGAUGGAAAGGAUGUGUGCAGGAUAGGUGGAAAAGCUGCAUAAAACAGAUCUGGCAGUCUAUGGCUUGAACAAGCAUAUUCGUGGGUUUUUGUAAAAAAAAAUAAUAAUAACAAUAAAAAAUAAAUUUGUAUGCAGGCAGAUUUUUUUAAAAAUGUAAAUUUUGACAGCAUGGAUGCUUUAGGAAAAUGGCAGACCUAAUUAGUCUCUUUCCCCUGCUUCAAGCUUUUGUUCCACUCCUAGUGUUGCUGAAUGUUGUCAUGAUGGAAAAGUUUUGCUAACUAAAAGUGCUUCUCAUAGUCUUUUACCAUUGUCAAACGUUUUUACAUUAAUUGUUGAGCAAACAGGUGAAUGUAUAGUUCUAUAGGGGUGUGCAAGCCUAAAAAAUAAUGUAGCAAAAUAUUUGUGUCUUAAAAAUUUUUGUGGAACCCUGGCUUUGUAUGUUUUGUCUUAAAUUGAAUAUGUUUGUAGCUUUUGUAUUAUUAUUAUAUAUUAAAUAUAUAUAUAUAUAUAUAAAUAAUUUAGGUGUACUGAAAAUUCAUACUGUAAUUGCAUACAUUUGUGUGAGAAAGAUUGAGAGGCAUUAACACUAGCAGUUAUUUUCAGUUAAACAAUACAGUUUUGUAUUUCCAUGUCUUGGAUAAAAUUCUAUUGGGAUAAUAUUGACUAUUCAAUAAUACUCUUACGAGUGGGGUAAAUGGGUUCAUAAAGGAUAGCCCAAUACAUUUUUUAUAUAGUUUUAUUAAUUACUAAUAACUACAGCUUAAAAUUAAUCAAGAACACUCUCAGUCCAAUCUCUGUCCGCAAAGUCAGUCUCACGCCGAUCAAUCACACAUUAGCCUGCGCACUGAGCUUGGCUCGAACGUGGCUCGCUCCUCUGCCAGUCCCUGUCCGCUCACCGCAGUCCUGGACGACUGCCUCACCGCUCACCCACGUGCUGUCGCUACUGUCGCUACUGUCGCUACUGUCACCCCGACUCCUACCGAAGAGGCUCUCGAGACACUCGCGGGUCACCUUCCCUGGUAUCGCUACCAAAGAGACUCUUCCUCUGUAGCCAGACCUUCAGUCGUUUAACGGUCGCUCCGGGUAUCGCCGGUGUCACUCGCCGGUAGGUCCCGGGAAAAACCUGGCGCUCUGGCUUUGUGUCUACCCCUCGACACAGUCAUUUUGGGUUAUAUUGGGGGUAGUGGUGUCUCGGGAGGAAUUGAAAUAUUUUAAAUAUUAUACCCAGACACAAGAAAAAUCUCUCGGCGAUCGAGACCUCGACACACCGGGAAAAUCCUGGCGCUCGGACUUUGUGUCUUCUCCUCGAGACAGUCAUGUGGGAGUUUUAUAUAUUAUACCGGGACACUACUCUCUACCUCUCUCGUAGGCAGGGCCAUUUUAUACCCGCGGAGGCCAGGCAUGGAAGCACCCAGAAGCUGUGUGUAAGCAUUCCUGGUCAGGCAUGAAAACACCCAGACGCCGCUUAUUACCUCACGGGUGUCCCUAACCUGGUGGCGCAUGCCUCGUCCAUCCCCUGAGGCGACGACCCCAGAACUCUCCAGACCUCUCGGCGUCCAGGCCACCAGACCGGCCGGGCUCCAUGACUGACGCUGUGGGUGCGUGUGGAGGGAGAAGGCUGUGAUUGGCAGGCCACUAAUGGCCAGGCGACACACACACCUCCCUCGCUGGGGGGUGGGAAGAGUCUGUGGCCUUGCGAACUCCGCGGCAGCCGGCGGCCAGCAUAACAAUACCUUCCUGCUCUCCUUCCUCUAUUUAACAUAUUAGUUUUGAUUUUGUUUUUAAGUUUUAUAGUUGUCUUAUAAGUGUUUUUAGGUUUAUAUAGUCUUUUUCUGUGCAUACAUACAUGAUUGAUUCACUAUAUUGUCACGUCUCACUUUCAGGGGGAAGGGGGGUUCUCUUCUUAAAAAUGUAGCUCAGAUAAAUUAUAAAAUAAAAACGUUAAGUCGCCAUAGAGCUUUUUGGCACUAGAAUCAUAUUAGUAGGCUCAUUCUUAUACAAGAAUUGAAAAAUCAGGAUACUGAGAAAAAUAAGAGAACCCUAAAAACAAUAGAACACAUAACAUUUAUUAAGAAAAUAAAUAAGGAUGACAAAUGAGGUGGAACCUUCCACGUCCUCUACAAACAAUAAAUACCUAUAAAUAAAUAACUUAAUUAAUACAUAAAUACAGGGAUUAUGUUUCCAUUAUUCUAACUACUGACAUUGAAAUUAAUUAUUCUUAUCAUUUCUCCUAGGCCACCUAGUGAUGCCAAACGUCAUUAGUUAUUCCGCAACUUCAUUAUUAAGAUUGUCAAGAACAUUCACUACCGCGAACAGGACUUUAAAAUAAUUAUUUAGUUUAGUUCUAUAACGUCAUCAUAAACAUGUAAACGAAAAGGAUCGCGAUACAAACAAAUUACAGAGUUUAUACUGGAAAAACAAAAGGAAACUUUAGUUCUGACCUCCUUACACGUUAGUAAAAUAAAGUUUUUAAAAAAAAAAUUUUUAAGAGAGCAACUACUACACCAAACGAGAGUUUUACAGUUAACUACGAAGAAACAUGAAGUUGCGGAAGGCAAAGACUCAGGCAUCACGCAGACGCCAUUUCAAUUUCACUCGCCUAACCAUUACCACGUCGACGCACGGCCGGGCAGCAUAACAGCCUUCCACAGGAUUACAGCCCCGCGGAAACAUUUUACGUCUCUUUUAAACAAUUUGCUUGGCCGCAAAACCCCCAGGGGAAAAACAUCCUGACGGGAAGUUUUCCUGUGUUUUCCAAACACGUAAAGUUAUUACAACAAGCCGGCCGUGCGCUCGCCCACGCCGGAAUGUCCACGUAGUCAGAAAACCGGCCACCAGAUUGUGACACUUGCCUGCGCACUGCGAGUGCGCACAACCUCGAUCGCUCAGCUGGCCUCAAAAGAACGGUAAACAAGCCUGCGCCGUGUUUCUCUAGAACCGCAGCAAACAACGUGGCAGCUGGCCUGGCUGAAAUGCGGUCACGCCUGCGUCCCCAGACAAAUACGUGCAAGACUCGCACUCUUCCAGCCCCACAGCAACCCAAAUUACAACAAAGGUGUUACAACAUCUGAGCGUGAAGGAAACCAAGUCCCGAACUAGAGAAAAGAUUUAAAAUUGUGUUUCCAACAAAUAAAAUAAUUAAAUAAAUUAAUGAUAAUUUUGAACCACGUGACAAUAUAGUAUUUAAUUUGCCAGACUUAACAUUUUUUACCAUAUUUUUAAAGUUUCAUUUUUUAAAUUUUUUAGUAAAAUUAUUUUUAUCCCUGCAUAAUAGUUUGCUGCACUUUAUUAAGCUUGCUUCUUGACAAAAUGUUUAUGAAAUUUUAGAGUUUAUAUAAUGCUGGAAUAUCACAUGAUGAAUAUUCUGGCGUUGAGACAGGAACAAACAUAGACAGUAUUUUUUUUUUAUGUAGUUAUAAUUUAUUGAACUUUUCGAGAUAUUUUCAUUAUUAGCUAGCUGAAAAUAACAAUCAUAAGAACCACAUGUGUAAUUUAAAAAAAAUUAUUUAUGGCAUAAUAUUAAUCUGCCUUUUUGUAAGACAUUGCUUUAAAGAUUGUUAAUGAAAGUCUUUUGGAUUACGAAUAGCUUUUGGCGCUGUAAGGAAUAAAUGGUUGAAUGGUUCUUUCCAAUGUGAAAAAAUUUAUACUUUUAACCACAACGGUAAUCUGCCGUAAAUAACUAUGAAAAAUCAGAACACACAAGCCUUUUGCAGAUAUGUAGUUCCAAUAGUUCCAUGUUUUGUUCUCUUGUCUACAUCAUGUACAAACAAUCAGUUUUGACACUAGUAGAAACCCAAUGCCAGCCUAGCAAGUAAAAUAAAGCCAAUCACAAAGCGUUCUUGGGCCCGUUUAAAACCUUGCAUUCCUUAUAUUUUCUACACACUUUUUUCCAUGUUCAGGUCAUAUUUUAGGUCUUUGUAGUACAGACUUAUAUUAGUAUAAACUUAAUUCUAAACUCUCAUGUUAUUUAAAUGGAAUACUUUUCACAUGCAUUUUCCUGACUAAAACAUAAUUCAAGAACAUAUAAGCUUAACAGAAAUUUUUAAUAUUAUUUUCAUGUCUAGUAGGUGAUGUUCCUUAGAAAAAAUGUUUGUAGUGCAUUUAAAAUUUGUAACAUUGUAUGUAUUUUUUUUUUGUUUUUAAAUAUGUAUAUUUAUUUGGCCAACAUUACUUUGUAUUUAAUCGGGAUCAUACUUUUUACACCUACAUUCCUUAUUUUAAGUGCUCUUUAUCUUUCUCAUGCACAGUGCUUUGACGUGGCAUAUUCUAUUAUUUUGACAAUUUUGGUGAUGACAAAUGCAAAAAUUAAAUGAAUUUUUGACAUUAAAUUGGUUCACAUCCCUGUUUUCAGUGUCUUCCAUUCAGAUAGUUAUUAUUACAUUUUGUUACAAUUUAUUAUAUAGUUUAUGGGUUUGUUUUGGUUUUUUAUGUUAAUUAAGAGGCUAAACAAGAUUUUUAUUUAAUUUAAGUUGAUAUAAACUGUAUUACAUAGUUGAGUAAAAUUAUUUUCAUUAAGUAAUAUAAUGCUUGCAGAUCAUGUUUAUAUUAAAUGGUAUAUGAAAUUUUAAGUUAAACCUUUUUUUAAUGGAGCAAUUUUUUUUUAAGAAAAACUUUCUUAAGAUAAGUUAGAUGUGUUUAGAUUUUUCUUUUACUAUAGUGUAAUUAAUUCUUUGUAUAUAUUGUACUGAUCAGUUAUUUAAAAGAAUAAAUGCAAAUUAUGGAUAUUAAGCUUUCAAAUUGCUAUAUACUAAUUGAUUUUGAAAAUAAUUAUUUAUGAAAAAUUUAUAUUUUUGCUGCAAUUUAGUGUAAAUAUUGUAAAGUGCUGUGAUCAUGUUUUGUAACAUUUAUUUCUUAGUGUGCAAAAAUAUUAAAAUAAAUGAAAUAUUUCUAUUCAAUGUGAGUGACGACUUCUUAUAACAAUGUGAUAAAUUUGAGUUUGUUGCUUUACUAACAAUAUUUUAUUUUAACAUGGUUGUAUCUUGUUCUUCAGUAUAAUAUUAGGAUACUGUGAUUUUAGCUUCAGCUAAUUCUGCACUGAAUUGUGCUGUCACAUGUUUAUUGAAACAAUUAGCUUUUUUUUCUAUAGUUUUUAAAUGUGAACAUUGUAACUUGGUCAUUCUUUGACAAGUCAACAGAUUUCUGUAGAUUUUCACAGUGACUAUUUCAGGUUAAAUACUUCUGCUUUAAAUAAUGGAAAUGAUUAUCAUGCAACGACUAAGUAAUGCUGAGGCUAAAUGAUUCUGUAUUAAUGUUUGGUUAUUUUUGCAUGCCAUUACAUCAAAUAUAACGAAUUUAUAGGUAGUAACAUUAGAAAUUGUUUUGUUGAAAUUAAUUUCAGAAUGAUUUGUUACGAUGGACAUCAUUAUCUAAUUGCCGGACUCACUAUAUAUCUUAAAAAAUUUUAAACAUUUUUUUGCCGUAUUGGAAUUAAGGUUAUUACUCAGAACUCUAAACGCACAUGGUUGCAACAAAUUUAAUUUAUUUGACUUGGACCAGUGCAUGAGGGUUUUCCUUCAUAUGGUGACAGAUUGUCAGCCCUUAUCUCUGUGGUAAUUUGACGUCACCAGUAGUGCCUCUGAGUCAUCAAGACCGUAAAUAUAAUUUUAGGAAUCUCUGUGUUGUAAGUAAUUUUAUAUUCUCUUGCAAUUUUAAGCAAAAAAAAAAAUUCCUAAAUGAUUUAGUAUUUAUACUUACUUGACAUGAAAUUUAAAUUUAUUUGAAGUUAGCAGUGUUAACAUUUUUGAUAGUGAAGCGUAUGGAUACAUUAUUUGUGAACGCAGACGAGUCGUUGGUGCCUAGUUCCAGUCACGCAGGCUUUAAAUAGCAACCAUUAGAAUGCCAGUUUAGUGACUGUUGGGCAUUUUUGAAAAUGGCAAGAUUGUUACUUUCCGAGCAGCUGCCUCUUGAUUCCUCGACAAGCAUGAAGUAACACUCGAUGCUUAAUGUGCUUAAUAAAUCUAGCAAUGUUAAGUUGGAUGGCCUGGGAAGCAUGCAGUGGGCAGUCAUGUGUGCGUAUGUGCAUGUGUGUGCAUGCAGUAGUACAUUUGGUUCUGUCAGGAAGGCAGGUGAGUAUAUUGACAUGUGGGUGUGUGACUAAAAAUGUAGGCAACCAUGUUCAUGCUAUACAAACACUGAUAAAAAUAGAUAGUAUUAAAAUUCACAGAUACAGACUAGGACUUUGUUGAGUUGACAUGGAAUGACCUAGAUGAUUUAUUCAAUGUUUUUCUCUGACUGAAGUGUACAGCUAUAUUUUUCUCAGGAAUUUAAUGUUUUUAUUAUUUGUGUGUGCAUAUUGAGUCUGUUUUGUGACCUUUCUUUCACUGACUAGUACAGUAUAUUAGUAAAGAAGGUGUGUGGGAAAGCUGAUUAGAUAUUUAGUAUCAUAAAACUGUGUUAAGUUUUAAUGUUACAACAAUUGUAUCUGUAUAAAAAUGUGAAAAUAUGUGGUGCCAUUAACAGUAUUGUGAUGUCAUGAAAACACUUUUUCACAAAUUAAUCGAGAUUGGAAUGUUUGAGGAAUACAUAGAAGUCAUGGAAUAUUAAUUUUUUUAAGUAAAGUGAGAUGACAGAAUUGCACAAUUGUUUGUUUUAAUCUGAAUACAUGAAAUAUUUCAGGUCAUAUUGCAAUUAAGUUAAAAAAAAAUUCUUUGGUUGAAAGAGUUAUUAAUUUUAGUGUAUGAUGCCAUCCAGUGCAUUAGAAUAGUUGAGAAAAAUAUUUGUGGCAUAACGUUGCCUGAUCACUGAAUUUAUGUAUUACAUAUCCACAUUUUAUGUGUGCAUAAAGAUGUAUUGUUUGUGUGGCGUAUAUAUUCACUCUCUCGCAAAUCAUGUUGAUAGAUUCUAUGGGAAACUAUCGCUGCUUAUUACUGUGUAUGCACACACUGUCUGGUUUGUGCAUGAAGCCAAUUAUGAGGUUGCUGACUAUGUGUUUACUUGUUCUGAAACUUUUGUGCUGUAUGGGUAGCCAAUUUUACUUUAUAAUAUACCAAUACGAUUUCCUAUUUUAACAUUCUGAUAGGUAUUUUUUGUAACCAAAUUAGGAGUUUUAUUUGUGGUUGGAGCAGUGUAUUAUGAAUUAACUUUCUUCAUUUUUAUAUCACAGUCUCUCAUUGAGUAACUGGUAGUUCCGGUCAGUGGUGGAUGUGGAUACAGGGUUUGUGCAAGGGGGUAAUAUAUAAUUUAGAUGAGCUUCUAAAUCAUAUGCUUUACUAAUGCUAUGCUUUCGACAUUGUUUUAAUUUGUAUUAUACUUAUACAACUGAUGGCUCGUUAAUGAAAUCUAAUAUUAGUUAAAAUUUUCGAAUAAAUUAAAAUAUGAGAAAAAAUGGAGAGGGAUAUAACCCCUUACCCCCCCCCCCCCCCCCCCCUCCCUUCUUUCCAACUUCUUUCUGUUUUCUAUACACUGAUUCUGGUUUGGCGAUAAUCCAGGAACAGGGUGGGUCAGAACAUACAACUUAUCAUGCACUGGUCAGGUUGUAGGAGUUAAAAAUUCGGAUCGUGGAAAAGACUGUGACCGCAUUAUCCUGUUUCUGUUCAGCUUAAAUGAUGAUUAAUAAUCUUUUAUUCAAAUAUCAAUUACAAUUUUGUAUAACAAAAUUACAUUAAACUUGCAUUAGAGAGGCUAUAGUGUGUUUUUAUGAUGUAAUAAUCAGCAUAGUGUUUGGCAGUGGUUGGGAAUUUUGACACUGUCACACAUUUUUCAUAGAAUAAACACAUGUUUAAUUUUCAAGCACGACUCUUAGGAUUCACAUUAUGUUGGCUUAAAAUCAAUAUUUUUCUUUAACAUAAGCAAAUGCAGUUUAUCUGUGUUAUUUAGUAAUACCAUGUAUAUAUGUAUACAUGUAUGGAGGAUCCAAUAAGUGUAUAGUUUGUAUAUUUGUGUUCUCUGAUAGAUUUUCAUGUGCACAAAGUAUAAGUGUGUAAAUUCUUUGUAGAUUCUUGGUACUGAAAUAAAUUUGAUUAAAUUUAUCAGCCCUGGGGCAUCAAAGAUCUUAUCGAAUCCAUGUGUGUGAAUGUUUUUACAACAUUGUGAGAAACGGUUGUGGAAUCCAUUUAUUCACAUAAGUUUUGCUCCUAACAGGUCCAGAUUUCAGUUAUUUGGAUAAUUGUUUAUCAUUUCAGCCUAUAUUAGUCAAGAAUGCACUGUUUAAUGUCAUGGCAUAUUUUUACCAUAGGACAGUCCUUAUUAUGAAAUUCAUUAUAUCCUAGAAAAUAUAGGCUGUAUCUUAACUUACCACAGGAACUGAAACCGAAGCAUCUGUAAGUUGAAAGAAACUGAAUAUUCUUUAAAAAAUCUGGGAAAAUUUACUUUGUGUUGUUAAAAUGAAGUUCUGUGUGAUGUCAGGAGUUUGCAUUUGCAAUUGCAGAGACAUCAAAACGUUGAAUGCCACUAUGUUUCGCUCAUGCGAGUAAAAUUGUAGUCUCAUUUGCGGGAAAGUGAGUAUUGCACAUAUUCUAUUAGGUAACUCCUAGUGGCAAGAUUUACAAGAGAACAUGUGCUUCGUUCCAAACUUCAAGUGAUUGAUAUUUUCACUUAUUUUAGACACCUGCAGUGUGUGUGUCAUCACGACAUAUUCUUGUGCUGUUUAUUUUCACUUUUAUAGUCAUCAGAUUACUCAUGUGUGCGAGAUGACAGGUAUUAUGAUAUUAGUACUUGUACUGCAAACAGUCACAAAGUUAUGGCCUCUUUCUGUAUGUAUGCUGAAAGAUAUCUGCUUCUGUAAUGUCCAAAUUAUAGGAGGUUCAUACAUAGAAGGUUGUCUUCCAUUUCUGCGUUCUGAGUUUGUGAUCAUCGUUUAGACAGCACACAUACUACUUUAUUUUUCCUUGAAAUUGCAAAUUCUGUAAUAAUGUCAUCAUGUUUUGCAACUUGUACAUAUACGUACUUGCAGUUACAUACAACCUUAUGUACAACCUGCAUUGUUGUACCUAAACUUCAACUUUAAGGCUUAGUCUUGCAAGUCAUGUUAGUUAUUUAAUUUUCUUGUCAUUACUAUUAUUUGAGAGAUUUGUCUGUAAAUUUAUCGUGGUAGCUUUCUUGUGCAUUUUGUGUUUCAUCUAAAAAUUUCUUAACAGAUAUUUAUUUAAUAUUGUCUAAUAGCAGUAAAACAUCACUGGGGUGUUUAUAAUUAUGAUCACAAGUGUGAUUGAUUUUUUUUUACAGCUCAAAAAAAGUUUUGUAAUUAUCAGGUAAGAAAAUGAGUGAUCCAACAACAAAUGCACCAGAGCUAUAGGAAUAAGUUUACAGGAAAAUCCCUUAGUUAAUAUUAAUAGUGAGAAUAAAAUUAAAUGACCUCGGCAUGUGAGAAUGAGCCUUAAUUUCUUAAUUUUUCUUCUAGGGCUCACACGGAUGCUUUUCUGUACAAAUUUAAGAUACAUCCUGUAAUUUAUUCUUGUGUAGUGAUAUAUUAUAAUUGAAAAUACAUUGUAUUAUAAGCAAAAUGGUGUAUAUUCCCCUCUGUAUUACUUCAAACAUGCCUGGCUUUUUUUGUUCACUGUUGUGUGAAUUUUUUUAUUGGUUUUGGUUGCCAGUAUCUAUGUAGUUAGGAUGUUGUGUAAUGCCAUUAAUUUAUUUUCUGUGUAUUAUAGUUUUUUUGAUUUCAUGGAAAUUUGUGUGUAUAAAUAUAUAGAAUCAUUUAAAUGAGAAUCAACUGUAAUUAAUUUGAUGUGCAUAUUAUUGUGCAGCACUUAUUAUUAUUGCAUUAGAUAGUUGUACAUAAUGUAUUAUGAUUAAAUACUUUGUAGAGUGCAUGGAAUGAUAAUUUUUCAAUUUUUUUACGUAUAUAUAUUAUUUUAAUAUUUUGUAAAGGAGUUAUUUACAUUGAUCAAUUUUAACAACCCAAAGACUGCAAAUUUUGGUUAUUGUCAUUUUGUUUAGUAUCAAGUUCUUUUUUUAGUUUUCUGUGGACAGUUUCAUCGCUAAACCAAAUGAAAGUGAAUCAAACUGUACUUUAUGUAAAGAAUAUUGUGUUAUAAAAUUUCUCUCUCGGUGUAUUGAACAUUGUAUGUCAACAUCACUGUCAGUAUUUUAUAAUAUUUGUCUGUUUGCAUGUGUGCAUGUGCAGUGAGGAAGACAGAGAGAAAGAACUUGUGUACAAGUGCACUAGCACUACUUAUUGUACUUAUCUAUUAAAGUUUACAUGUAAAAUGUGUGGACUCUUAUAUGUUAGCUGGAAAUUGAAUUUUUCUUACAUGUUAUAUUGGAUUAUUUACACUUUUAUACUGGUUGAUGAGUAUAAAGUUUGUUGAAUCAUUUUUUCAAAGUAAUUACUGUUCUAUGUAGUAUAUUACAACUAAUGAUGGACCAUUUGGCAGAAUAAAUUAUGAGGUCUAGAAAUUUACUUGUGUUUUUGUCGUAAAAAAAUACCUUUAUGGUUAAAUGGAAAAUGCUAUUUAUAUGUGACAAGAGUGUAAUUUUUAUAAUGUGCUGUAACCAUCUCCUUGUAUUUGUAAGUACAAAAUAUUAUUCAGCUACAUGAACCAUAAAAGGAACUAAAUUCUUAUAAGUUAUAUUCUACAUCACAAUUUUUUUUUGAAUUUUAACCUAACAAACCUUAUUUUUGAUAUUUUUGUCACAAUUUUUGAAGAUUAUUAAAUUUUCUUUGUGGUCAAAUAUGGUACAUUUUGGUUUCUUAUUGAAAAAACGUUUAUUUGUUGAUGUGUGGAUUUUUGCGGCACAUCCGCUAAAUGUCCUUCUCAGCUGUAAUGACUGAUUAUAUUUAUUAUCUAGUGUCUCAUUGGUAGAGACCUGCAAAACUCGCGGUUUCGAUGGCCUUCAGGAUAUACUGCACAUACCCCUGUACACUCGGGCAAAUAACGCAGGUUCAUUGGCUGCCGACUUGUAAGUCGUCUCAGCUGGUUUGUCUGUGAUUCGAUUCGUCUUUGGUUGAGGGUUUAUAACUGGUUGAGAUUCGUCCAGAUGAACAGUAAGCCAAUAGCAAAAUUAUCUAAGAGGUUAUGUGUUUUAAUUCUAGCCUAUCACCGAAUGAAUCCGCGAAUUUUGCAGGUCUCUACUCAUUGGUCAAUCCUUGUACAGAUUAAGAUACAAAAUCAUUAUUUUUACCUCAAAAUAUUUUUUUACAUAUUUUUUUAUGUUCUUGGUAAAAUAUUGGUAUAAAAUGAACCACCUGCACAUGCUUACUUUGGGACCUCCUAAUCAUGAUUCUUUGUGGACUUGCGUGUUGAAUACUACUUGUGUUUACAUAACUUUUGGAAUAAAGGAAUAUUAUUUGACAA